AUGGACCUCCCCUGCCUUUCCAAGCCCCUCUGCAGCAGGCAGCAAAAGCACAAGCCCAGGCCCCAGUUCUCAAAUGAGAACUGAUUUAUAAACCCACAACAAUUUCCAGGAGAAGAACCACUCAAAUUAAAUCUAAAGCCAAAGUGCUACAGGUGAUCAAUCACACCCUAACAUUCACACAUAAAUAUAGUUUCUGACCAAACCCAAGCACUCAUAACCUGAUUACCUCUCAUAUGCAAAUCUGCUAAGGAAAGGAAUGUUUCUUUAUGAGGAAAAGGAGUUAUUAGAGAAAAAAACACAAUGCCAACAUGGUCACUCUUUCCAUGUUGCUUCCAGGCUGAGACACAACAGACGCAAAGGUGACAUCCCUGGUGUGAAGAUUUAUUGCAGCAUAAUCCAUUAAGAAGUCUGGUUAUGAAGCACUCUACCUGCCUAGCAUCUGAGAUCACAGCUUAUCAAAAGAUCUGCAGGUAGGACAGAGCAAAAUGUUUCUUUGUAAUUAUAUUUCAAACAUCUUUUUUCUUGAUCACAGCUUAUUUCUGCCAGGUAAGAUGCAACUUGCAGACAUCUACAAAGACUUACAACUGUCAGUUGUAUUCUGGCCUUUUUUAGUACAUACAGGGUUGCAAAGGGCUGAAUCAGGUCUUCUAAACACAUGUAAAGUCUUUCACUCUGAACUUUUUCAAAAUGAGAUCAGGCAUUCCUUCUGGAUUAUGGAACAGAUAUUCAAAUCAGAAAAUCGGAGUAACUCUCCUAAUCAAAACAGAGCUUCAAGGCAGAAAAUUGAGUAGGGCACCUAAUCAAAACAAGGGAAUGGCUCAAGCUGACCAGAAGUGAGUUUUGACUAACAAUGAGUUCUUACAGCAUUAAAAAAAAAAAAAAAAACAAAAAAAAACCCCUAAAAAACCAUGGAAAAGUGACCAUAUUGACAAACAACUGCAGUACUUCUGGUCUAUGCUUUGGACUUUCUGGUGCAUAGAUUUGGCUCAGCACGCAGAAAACUGGGCAGAAUUACUGUCACAAGGGUCCGAGGGGUGGAUCCAAUGGCCAAGGCCGAGCCACAGCAAACAAGCGAGAUAAGCAGAUGCAGCCUGCGAAUAACCAACCACCUCUGCUAACUAAGCACUUUGUGAAAACCUUCCCAUUUUAACCUGGAGUUUCGGGUAAAGACUUGUUAGGUAAACUUUAGAUGAAGUUUUCUGUUCUUCUGACGAAAGAAGGACUUGAAAAUUGCUCCCUAAGAGGAGCAAUCUGCAUCUCCUCUGAAACAUCUGCUUCAUGUCCUUUCCUCAUCUAGGCCGAGCGAUUGCAAAGGGCUGGAAUACUGGUGGGACUUGUGAGGGCAGGCAGGGAAGAGGGCCGAGGCAGGGAAGGGCUGAGCCCGAGCCGGGGGUGCCACACGCCCCACACGUUACCUGCCACGCGGGCCGUGCUCGUCAUUCGCUGGAAGUACUUGAACUCAUUCCUGCCGGGGAAGCACCAACUGCGUUACAACGUGUCUUAAGACCCUCUAAGUGUGGCACAAAAAGGAGCACAUCUGCUGAGAGCAAUGAACCCUGUGAAAAGAAGACCAAGGCACGGCAGAUUACUCUGGAAGAGAUCUGUAACCCACUGAAGUCUCAGGAUAAAAAAGGACCUCAGAAGUGUGAGAAGUCCCGUAUCUGUUUGGAAACUCUGGGCAGGCUGAGAGAGUUCUGCAGUGAUUCAAACCAGCAGUGGACCAGCCUCCGGGAGGAUGGCUUUCAGGAGAAAGAAAAAUGUCCCAGUGUUACUGGGAGGAGCUCAGAACUGAAAAAUCCUCUUCCAUCUUGGGACAGCUGCCCAAAGGUGGCACAGAAGGAGCAGUUACAAUGUAAUCUUAGUCAGUUUUCUGCGUCUCUUAAGUCCUAUGAAAACUCUCAAAAUUCUUCAGAGACAAAUCUUAAUAAAAGAACCAAAAGCAUUUACACUCCACUCGAACUCCAGUUCAUAGAAAUGAAGAAAAAGUACAAAGACACUGUUUUGUGUGUGGAAUGUGGAUACAAAUACCGGUUCUUUGGAGACGAUGCAGAGAUUGCAGCUAAGGAGCUGAACAUUUACUGUCACCUGGAUCACAACUUCAUGACUGCCAGCAUCCCCAGCCACCGGCUCUUCGUCCACGUGCGCCGCCUGGUAGCCAAGGGACACAAGGUUGGAGUAAUAAAACAGAUGGAAACAGCAGCACUGAAAGCUGCUGGAGAAAACAAAAGCUCUCUCUUCAGCCGUAAGCUGACUGCCCUCUACACUAAGUCUACACUUAUUGGAGAAGAUGUGAACCCUUUGUUGAGGCUGGAUGAUUCUGUAGAUGUUGAAGAAGUAACAGCAGAUGUCCCUGAUAGCUACCUCCUCUGCAUCUGUGAAAAUGGAGACCGCGGGAAGGACGGGAAGAAAGGUGACAUUGUUACAGGCAUUAUGGCCAUCCAGCCAACCACAGGAGAAGUGAUUUUUGACAGUUUUCGGGACGGCGCUUCCCGCUCGGAGCUGGAGAGUCGCGUUCUGCGCCUGCAGCCCGUGGAGAUAAUCCUUCCAUCCAGGCUGUCAGAUCCAUCUGAAAAGCUCAUCCACAGCAUAACCUCCAUGAGGUUACAGGAUGACAGAAUUAGGUUAGAAAGGAUGGAAAACCUCAAUUUUGAGUACAGCCAUGCUUUCCAGAGGGUUACUGACUUCUAUGCAAAAGAGGUGCCUGGUACUGCAGGUCCUCAAAACCUAUCUGUAAUACUAAGCUUGGAUAAGCCUAUUAUUUGCUCUCUGGCAGCAGUAAUUACAUAUCUCAAAGAAUUUAAUUUGGAAAAGAUGCUUUACAAUCCAAGCAAUUUCAAACGGUUGUCCAGUGAAACAGAAUACAUGACAAUUAAUGGGACAACAAUGAAAAAUCUUGAAAUUUUACAGAAUCAGACUGACAUGAAAACAAAAGGAAGCCUGCUCUGGGUGUUGGAUCACACUAGGACUGCGUUUGGACGUCGAAGGUUGAAGAAGUGGGUGACCCAGCCUCUGCUGAAAGUGGGUGAAAUAAAUGCCCGGCUUGAUGCUGUGUCUGAAAUUCUGCAGUCAGAAUCCAGCGUGUUUGGUCAGAUUCAGAACCUUCUUUGUAAGCUGCCAGAUUUGGAGAGAGGCCUCUGCAGUGUUUUCCACAAGAAGUUUUUGAUAGAAGUGAAGAAUUCCCAGAAAUCAUCUGUGCCAUCUGACUGGGUUAUGGUUAGCAGCACCAGAGCCGUCAGCCGCUUCCACUCGCCGCUGGUGACCGAGAGCUACCGAGAGCUGCAGCAGCUCCGUGAGCAGCUGGCCCUGCACUGCACUGCUGGCUGGCUCUGCUUCCUGGAUCGUUUCAGUGAACAUUAUCACCCCGUGUCUAAAGCCAUUUGUCACCUAGCAACUGUGGACUGCCUGUUCUCAUUGGCCCAGGUGGCCAAACAAGGAGACUACUGCAGACCAACUGUGCAAGACAAUCGUCGUGAAAUACUAAUAAAAAAUGGGAGGCACCCUGUGAUUGAUGUUCUGCUGGGAGAGCAGGAUCAGUAUGUUCCAAACACCACCAGCCUCGCAGGAGAUGGUGAAAGGGUCAUGAUAAUAACUGGGCCCAACAUGGGAGGGAAGAGCUCCUACAUCAAGCAAGUGGCACUGAUCACAGUCAUGGCACAGAUUGGCUCUUUUGUUCCUGCAGAAGAGGCCACAAUUGGUGCUGUGGAUGGAAUUUUUACCAGAAUGGGCGCUGCAGACAACAUCUACAAAGGCCGGAGCACCUUCAUGGAGGAGCUGACAGACACUGCUGAGAUCAUCAGAAAAGCCACCUCGAGGUCGCUGGUGAUCCUGGAUGAGCUGGGCCGAGGGACGAGCACACACGAUGGCAUUGCCAUUGCGUAUGCCACCCUGGAGCAUUUCAUCAGAGAUGUGCAGGCCCUGACGCUGUUUGUCACCCACUACCCCUCGGUGUGCGAGCUGCAGCAGCUGUACCCCGGCACUGUGGGCAAUUACCACACGGCCUUCCUGCUCAGCGAGGAGGACAGCACGCAGCACACAGGCUCUGAAGUGGAAGAGAAUCCUGAAUUUAUCACUUUCCUUUAUCAAAUAACUAAAGGAGUCUCUGCAAGGAGUUAUGGGCUAAAUGUUGCCAAACUGGCUGAUAUUCCUGAAGAAAUUUUGAAGAAAGCAGCUCACAAAUCAAAGGAGUUUGAGAGAACAGUGAACAUGAAAAGGAAAAAAAUGAAGUCCUUUGCUGAAGCAUGGAAGAUAAAUGAUUCUCAGGAACUACAGAAAUGGAAAAAUAUGUAUGAGCCUGAGGAUGAAAGAAAGGACAGUUUUUAAUCCUCAAAUCAUGGUUAAAGAUGGAAGAUUCUGGAGGUGCAAAAUACAUGUUUGUAGCUUAAUGGAUUUUAUCAGGGUGUAGUUCCAGGUGCACUGAGUUGACUUUUUUGCUUUCUGAGAGAUCACAGAUGCUGCAUCAUGUGUAAUUUUCUCUCUCCACAUCCCUUCCUUUUCACCCUUUUCCUUAAAUGCAAACUGCCUAUGGGGAUUGGUUCUAAUUUGUUUAAAAACCAUGAAAAAAUACUGAUCAAUUAUAAGGUAUCUGUUUAUAAAUAAAACAAUGUGUUUCAUCUUUAUUAUACUUA